CACACAAACACUGACACACACAUAGUAACGGACACACACAGACACACUUACCUACUACCGCAGCACCUCUCCAGUCUCCUCUCAGUCUCGGGCCGGCGAGUGACGUGACGUCCUGCGCGGGUCUGCGGAGUGACGUCACUUCCACAACGUCCCUCCGCAGAUCCAGUCUCCCGGCCGCACAGUGCCAGAAAUCACAGAGAUAGUACUUCACCUUCCGAAAAUCUAAUUGGAGGACCUGUUGCGAUACAGCGUAAUGAAGGAAACUGCAACGUGUGAACACAGCCUUAAACUCUAGGACCACGUGAGACCUCCACAUCAAAGCCCGAGUGUGAUCCUCACCGCCGAUCAGAAGAAUCGGUCAGUGACUAAUAUCUGGAGCCGACUCUGCACAUCUCACUAUAUCUAAGGAUCCAAGCAUAAAGAACACAAGAUGUUCAGCCUUGAACCUAAUAGAACAAUGACAUUGUUGGUUAAUAUCACAGAAACUCCAAAUAACAGAUGUAUAGACCAAAAACACUUUGAUUGGCUCUUUACCUACCGGCCCCACUACAUAUGGAUCAUCUUCGUCUUGGGCAUCAUAGAAAACUUGUUUGUCAUCUUCGUCUUUGUACUUCAUAAGAGUCGCUGCACAGUGACUGAGAUCUACCUGGGGAAUUUGGCGGCUGCCGAUCUGAUUUUCAUUAGCAGUCAUCCAUUUUGGGCUAUAUAUAUCUCCAAGGACCACUGGCCAUUCGGAGGCAUCAUGUGUGCAGCUGUCGGCUCUUCAUUUAAGAUCAAUCUGUACAGCAGAAACUACCUCCUCAUGAUGGUUAGUAUUGAGAGAUAUCUGGCUCUGGUGAAGACCAUGACCAUUGGCCGCUUGAGAAGACCUUGGUGGGCAAAGGUGAACUGCGGUAUCAUCUGGAUGUUUACAGCUGGGUUAAAUGUGCCCACUGGGGUGUUCCGAAAGGAGAUUUUCAAUAAAAAAUUUAAUACCACUGCCUGCCGCACAGACGCGCCAUCUCAGAACUGGUACGUUGCCACAAAUAUCCUCAUGAAUGUUCUCGGCUUCUUUGUACCACUGGUUGUCACUGCUUUUUGUACGUCUCGAAUGAUUCAGGUUUUGAGGAACAACUUAAUGCGACAGUUUAAGAAAGUCAACACGGAGAGAAAAGCCACUCGUCUGGUCUUGUCUGUAUUCUUGGUCUUCAUAGUAUGUUGUCUCCCCUACAAUAUUUAUAUCUUUAUUAAGACAUUGUAUACACUCCAAAUCUUCCCUCCAUGUAUAGUGAAAGCCAUCAGAUAUAAUGUUUACCCUAUCUCUAUUUACCUUGUCUACAGUAACAGUUGUAUCAAUCCGGUCAUAUACAGUAUGGUUGGGAAUCAGUUUAGGCAAAAAGCCAGAGAGGUCUACAGUAGGCUUCUAUGUAAAAGACCUGACAGAAGGACGUCAUAA